UUUAUCCUUGAAUUGAGUACUAAAUCUAUCUUCUGAGGUAUAACAAACCUCAUAUGAGUGUAUAUAUAUAUAUAGACGUGUGUAUAUAAUAUAUAUAUAUAACUUGGUCCGCAUAAUUGAUUACGAAAUCAGACCCUUUUGGAUUCGUUAUUCUCGCACAUCAUAUCAAAAAAUGAAGAUGACAAACAGCUUUUUGUUGGUUUCAUUGGUGUUGAUUUGGUCAUCAGUAAUGGCGGACUCACAGGAAACCGUUAACAUGGUUUACACCGAGAAGCCCAAUGGCGAAAACCAAGACUCCUAUAACCUCCAUACCCUUUCUGCCGUCCUCGGCAGCGAGGAGAAGGCGAAGGAUGCGCUAAUUUACAACUAUGAAAGUGUUGGUGGAUUCUCUGCCAAACUUACUCCCGAAGAGACCGCCCAAAUCAAAAAGCAACCCGGUGUUCUUGAGGUUGUCCCAAGUAAGUCAGCCCAGCUGCAAGCAGGAACUCAUAAUCUGAGAGUGUGAAAAACUUUAAAUUCUCAAUGUUUAAAUGACUAUAUCUAUAUGUUCACAGCACUUUGUAUUCCAAGUUAAUGUACACUCAAAACCACUCUUAAUGCGUGUUGUCAAUUGUAUAUUUAGCUUUGUAUAGCAAAGUGCUUGUGUAGAUUAUAUAUAUAUAUAUAUAUAUAUAUGCCAAAUUGCAAUUGUGA